CCUUUCCCAUAUCCCCUCCCUCCGCUCCUUCUCUCUCUGUCCUCCUUUCAGACCCCCUCCCUUCUUGCUCGUCUCGCCGCGUCAUAGUUGUACCUCGCGCCCGCCGCCAAGUCCGCACCAAGUGUACAAAACUGGACCACAGAGAACCAGAGAAAACACGCCAAUAAGCACGGCGCGUUACCGAGAACAGAAAACUACCAAGGGAAGGGGGAGUGGAGAAUUCGGAGGGCGAACGACCGGUGGGAAUACCCAACAAAUACUGAGCUGACGAUGAGUCGCAGCAUCGUACGACAGAGUAAGUUCCGGCAUGUCUUCGGACAGGCGGGGAAGACGGAGCAGGGCUAUGAUGACAUACGCGUUUCCAAGGUGACGUGGGACAGCUCGUUCUGUGCCGUCAACCCAAAGUUCCUGGCCGUCAUUGUGGAGUCCAGCGGGGGCGGAGCCUUCCUCGUCCUGCCCCUCUCUAAGAUGGGUCGUCUGGAUAAGAACCACCCGUUGGUGACUGGCCAUACUGGGCCCGUCUUGGACAUCGACUGGUGCCCUCACAACGACAACAUCCUGGCAUCCUGCUCAGAAGACACCACAGCCAUGGUGUGGCAGAUCCCUGACCAGAUGGGGACACGGCCCAUAUCAGAGCCCAUCGUGGUCCUGGAGGGACACUCCAAACGCGUCGGCAUUGUCACCUGGCACCCCACCGCACGCAACAUACUACUCACUGCAGGCAGUGAUAACCUGAUAAUAAUAUGGAACGUGGGAACUGGCGAGGCGCUCAUCUCCAUGGACGACCACCCAGACCUCAUCUACAACGUCAGCUGGAACCGUAACGGCAGCCUGUUCUGCACUACCUGUAAAGACCGACGCCUCCGUGUAUGUGACCCCCGCAAGAGAGAGGUGGUCGCGGAGAGGAUGGCUCCACACGACGGGAUCCGACCGAUGAGGGCCAUCUUUACCAGAGACGGAAACCUGUUCACUACCGGCUUCACCAGGAUGAGUCAGAGAGAGCUGGGCUUGUGGGACCCGACAAGUUUUGAGGAGCCUAUUGCACUGCUGGAGUUGGACACAAGUAACGGUGUGUUGUUACCGUACUACGACCCAGACACCAACAUGGUUUACCUCUGUGGAAAGGGGGACAGUAGUAUCCGGUACUUUGAGAUAACAGAGGAGCCUCCCUAUGUCCACUACCUCAGUACCUUCAGCAGCAAGGAGCCUCAGAGGGGGAUGGGCUUCAUGCCUAAGAGAGGGGUGGACGUCAGCAAGUGUGAGAUCGCCAGGUUAUAUAAGCUUCAUGACAAGAAGUGUGAGCCCAUCGCCAUGACAGUACCUAGAAAGUCAGACCUGUUUCAGGAUGACCUGUAUCCAGACACGGCGGGUUCAGACCCAGCUCUGGAGCCAGAGGAGUGGCUGGAGGGGCGAGACGAGGACCCCACCCUCCAGUCCUUGAGAGAUGGCUACGUUCCCCCAAAGAGCCGCGAGCUCAAAGUGGCCAAGAAGAACGUUCUGGACACCAGACCCACCACCAGACGCAGCAUGUCCUCCUGCGACGGCUCAGCCAACCUGCCUCCUCAGUUGGUAGAGCGGUUGUUGGAAGAAGUUCAGAAUCUCAAGGCAACAGUUCUGUCUCAGGAGAAGAGAAUCUGUGACCUUGAGAAUAAACUCUCCAAGUACACCAACGGCACAGCCUAAUACACACACACACACACACCACGACAACACUCUGUAACAGCCCACACACACAAUUCCACUAUCCACAUACACCGCCACACCCCUACACAAUAGCCUUACUGCCUUACAUACACAGCCAGGCCAACAUUCAAUCAAAGCUGUUAGCAACAAGCACAUUGCACUUGACUUUUAAAGGCAAUUUACGAUUGAGCUGAAAUCCGCGGUUGUAUACCAUGAAUGUGAUGUCGGUGAACAACUGUGAAAUUGUCUUUUAAAAGGUGCAUUGUCGUUUGUGUAGUUCACAGCUCUGCAACCUGCCUUUGAAUAAAUUCCACGCUAGCAACCCCAAUAACCCCUAACUUCAAACACAUAUAACCCCCACCCCCCGUACACACACACACACACACUCACAUGCACUCACAGACACACACACACAACAAUGCUCAGUACCUAGAGAGAGUGUCAGUUAAAAAAUUAUGUUUGAGCCGGGUUGUGAGAGACAUUUUGUGAAAGUUACUGGAAUUUUGAAAACCUAGUUGAGAGUACAAACAGUAUCCUAGGCUACUACACACACGCACUGUCCCCAUCCCUCCAUCCAUCACCGACCAACACUCAGUAAUAACCAUCUCUGGAUCUCAGUCAACCUUCUCAAAAUGUAAAUAGUGCGAUAAAGCAAAAAAGGUGGGGGGGUGGGGGAGUUUUUAAAAAUACCCACAUUUGUGAAAAAAAAUCUAAUCUAAGAAGACUUUAGUGUGUUCUGUAAAUGAUUAAACAUGAGACACGUGAUGACAUCAAUUAAAACAAUCUUUUUUUUUAACUGGUUGGACUAAACUUUUCCUUUUCUUGUGUCAUGGAGCUGCUUUUAUUUUUUAUGUAAUGUUUUCUCGGUGUUUUACAAAUGUUCCAUCCUGAGAAUAAAUCACUCUUUUUCCUGUG